AUGGCUCUUCUCUUUCCCCUUUUAUUUUCUCUCGUGCUUUCUCUAGACCCCAAACUUGUAAAAUACGCCGUCAACUGUGGCGGCGACUCUAUUGUUGCGCCAGACGGUGUCACCUACAUCCAAGACAACGGUUUUUCCUCAGGCACAGCUAGCGAUUACGGCAAACAAUUUCCGAUUCGCCUCACAAGAGAUACAGAAAUCUAUCAAACUGAGCGUUAUGAUGAGCAAGAUUUCACAUACACAGUCCCAAUAAAAGAGGAAGGAAAUUACGUGCUUAUUUUACGCUUUUCUGAAGUAUAUUUCUCAUACCCAGACGCUAAAAUCUUCCACGUAAGAAUUGGGGAUACUUAUAUAGUCAAACAAUUAGACAUUUUCUCCAAGGUAGGGAAGGCUGCUGCUUAUGAUGAAUUUAUUGAAUUUACCUAUGAAGCAGGAAAAUUAAAAAUUAAAGAAAAAGUUGUACAAGGCGGAAUUUCUAAUGGGAAAAUGACCAUCACUUUUGAAAAAGGGCCAAAAGACAACCCAAAAAUAAAUGCUAUUGUUUUGGUUAAAGGGGGAUUAGAGGAUACACAUCAGUUUGAACAAAACCAAGCCCUGGCACGAAUUCAAAAGGAAAGAAUUGCAGCACAGCAGCAAGCGAGAGAAAAGGUGAAUAAAGAGGAAAGAAAAGAAGUCCUGGACGACACUGAUUUUGAAAGCUAUGAGCAGGAAAUCCACACAAUUGAAGAGUCGGAUUCUUUGCUGUCAGUGAUUAUGAGUGGGCCUGGGCUGGUUAUUAUAGGGAUUAUUGGAAUACUGGCAGGAGGAGCUAUUAUUUCAUCAGGUAAAGGAGAUAAAAAGAAAGAAAAUUAA